AUGCCGUCGGUGCCGUACGGGCUGCAGUUCCAGGCGGCACAGCAGCAGGCGCUGCUCUCGCAGGCGGGCUCGGUGAGCCUCGGCGCCCCCGGCAUCGCGCUGCCCACCACGCUGGCCACCACGCAGCCGGUGAUGACGGUCGGCUCCGGAGUGGCGUACCCGACCGCCCGGAACCUGGGUCCGCCAGCCUCCGCCUACCCCGGCCAGCAGCUGAUGCAGGCGCAGCAGCAGCAGCAGCAACAACAACAGCAGCAACAGCAGCAACAGCAGCAGCAGCAGCAGCAGCCGAAGCAGCGAGUGUUCACGGGUACCAUCACCAAGCUGCACGACAACUUCGGCUUCGUGGACGAGGACGUCUUCUUCCAGACCAACUGCAUCCGCGGCACGCUGCCCAAGGUGGGCGAGCGCGUGCUGGUCGAGGCCCAGUACAACGCCAACAUGCCGUUCAAGUGGAACGCUACCCGCAUCCAGCUGCUGCCGAACCAGGGCGGCGCCGGCGGCGGCGGCGGCGGCGGCGCGAUGGGCGCCGUGCGCAGCCAGGCGGUGCUGACCCGCGGCCCACCCCAGGUCAUGGCCGCCAAGAGCGCCGGCCCGGCCUACAGCGCCGUGCCCCCGCCCAGUGAGCAGAUGCCGCAGCAGCGCGGCCGCGCCACGCCCAGAUACUCGGUCCACGUGCCCAAGGUCACCAUGGACAUGUCGGAGGCGGCUGUGCUCACCCUGAGGAAGCGCUACACUAACCUGUACGUGCCAUCCGACUUCUUCCUGUCGCGCUUCCUCUGCGCAGAGACGUUUCCGCUGCACCGUCCAUUCCAGCUGGCCUCGCCGGUGUCGUACCACGUGAUGAGCAAGGACGUGGACCCGGUGGCCGAGAACACCGCCGUGUACGAGCCGCCCGACGUGGACUACCGUUUCUGCGCCAAGGUGAUGCUGCUGACCACGCCCACGUGGGAGGAUAUCUGCCGCAAGACCUGCACCCUGGCCGAGGAGGACGUGGACGAGGACAGCCUGGUGCACCCCUCGCGCGUUAUCAGCUUCCUUGUCGGACUGCGCGGCAAGAACGAGACGAUGGCCAUCGGUGGCCCGUGGUCGCCGAGCCGCGACGGCGCCGACCCGGAGGGCGACCCGCAGGUGCUGAUCCGCACGGCCGUGCGCACGUGCCGCGCGCUCACCGGCGUCGAUCUGUCGCAGUGCACCAAGUGGUACCGGUUGGCCGAGAUAUUCUAUCGCCGGGGGGACAAGUCCACAGAAACGGUGGUUCUGUUCCUGCCGGACACCGCGGCGCUGGUGCCCUCUCGCGUCGACUGGGAGAAGCAGCAGGCCACCUAUCAGCGUCAUUUGGAAGCCAAACUUAACCCGUCGGCCGCCGCACAGGAUGAGAAGGCACUGCCCCGUCUCCGCUCUCUCGUGUCUGUGGCCGAUGGCGCUGCGUGCCGCUCGAUGACUGUCCUGUAUUGCAGCGGGAUGAGGCACCGCCGGCCGCGGCCGCCGCGCCGGAACUGGGCACUUCCGGUCCGGUCGGCCGGGGCCGCGCCCCCGCUAACAGGCCAGCCUCGCGUCUGUUUACAGAGCGGCCACGUGGCGGCCACCUCACGACGGGGGGACGAGGAGGUGGCGACGGCGAGGUGGCGACCAAAACAGGAGCCCACGCGCUGGACGGAGCUCGACCCGAAGAGCAUGAAGGUGGCCGAGCUGAAGCAGGAGCUGGAGCUGCGCUCGCUCAGUCCGAAAGGCCUCAAGUCUCAGCUGAUCGCGCGGCUCACCAAGGUGCUGAAGACGGAGGAGGAGCGCGAGGAGGAGGAGCGGGUGUCGGGCGCGGCGGCGGCCGCCCAGCCGGCGCCGGCACCGCCGCCGGCGCCGCCAGCGCCGGCACCGGCCGCCGAGCCCGAGCCGCCCGAGGACGAGGAGGCGCGGCGGCGGGAGGAGGCCGAGCGGCGGGCGCUCGAGAAAAAGUACCAGCUGCCGGACACGCCGCAGGUGGUGGUGCACCCGCACAGGACGGCCAAGUCGGGCAAGUUCGACUGCACGGUCAUGUCGCUCUCCGUCCUGCUCGACUACCGUCCCGAGGACAACAAGGAACACUCAUUCGAGGUGUCGCUGUUCGCCGAGGUGUUCAACGAGAUGCUGAUGCGAGACGCCGGCUUCACCAUCUACCGGGCGCUGGUGGAGGCACCGGACAAACCGCGCGAGGAGAAGAAGAGCAAGGACCAGGACAAGGAGAAGAAGGAGGCGGCCGGGGACGAGGACAAGAAGAAGGAGGACAAGGAGGAAUCGGAGGAGCGUGACGACGACGAUCACACCUCCAGCGACGCCAACAUGUACACGGCCAACAAGGCCCUGCUGAACGCCUUCGCCUACUUCGACACGUCCCACUGCGGCUACGUCGUCGACAAGGCUGAGGAGAUCCUGUACACCAUCGGCAUCGGCCUCAGCCGCGCGCAGGUUCGCAAGCUGGUGCAGAAAGUGGCGGAGAAGGACGCCGUGCCGUACCGGCGCCUGACUGACCGGCCGGUGCCGGAGGACGGCGAGGAGGAGAAGCCCGAUCCCAGCCGGCAGGCUGACGUCACCACUCUGGCCAAGGGCAACUGGCAGCACCUGCCGGCAUUCGCCAUAGCACAGCACAGGGCGACACAGUGA